CAAAAGUUACUACAAGUUCUCUCUCUCUCUCUCUCUCAUUUUUUACUUUAAGCUCUCUGCAGCUCUCAAAAUCUCCGAUUUGUCCCAAAGCAAGGUUUCGAAUUCGAAGUUCUCGGUUGAGUUAGAGAUAAUUUGUUGUUGGUGGUGAGGAGGUCUUUUUCUUUAUGGUGAAUUUGGGGAGGAUAGGGUGUCGGAUCUGUGAUUUGAGUUGUAGGGAUCGAGAUUUGGAUGAGAAUUUGGUGUUGUAUGUGUGCCACGAAGGGUUUGGAACGAAAACUGACUAGGGGCUGUCGUCUCGUGAUCCGGAGUAGGUCUCGCUGGGGCAAAUGCGGUUAGAUUUUCUCUGAAUUCUUGGAGUUUCAGUUUGAUCUGAAAGAAAAAGGCAGGCAAGCAAGCAAGAAGAGUAUGCAGCACAAUCAGCCGAAAAAGGUCAUGAAAGAAAUGGAUUUUUUCACCGAUUAUGGUGAUGCAAAUAGGUAUAGAAUUCUUGAAGUUAUAGGCAAGGGAAGCUAUGGAGUUGUUUGUGCAGCAAUUGACACACAUACUGGGGAAAAAGUAGCUAUAAAAAAAAUACAUGAUGUUUUUGAGCAUAUCUCUGAUUCUAUAAGGAUCCUACGUGAAAUCAAGUUGCUCAGGCUUUUACGGCAUCCUGAUAUUGUUGAAAUUAAGCGUAUCAUGUUGCCACCAUCGAAGAGGGAGUUUAAAGACAUCUAUGUUGUUUUUGAGCUUAUGGAAUCUGAUCUUCACCAAGUGAUUAAAGCUAAUGAUGACUUGACGCAUGAACACCAUCAGUUUUUUCUUUAUCAGAUGCUACGUGCAUUAAAAUUUAUGCAUACAGCAAAUGUGUAUCAUCGAGACCUUAAGCCAAAGAAUAUAUUGGCAAACGCAAAUUGCAAACUCAAAGUUUGCGACUUUGGACUAGCUAGAGUUGCAUUCAGUGAUAUGCCAACCGCAAUAUUUUGGACGGACUAUGUGGCUACAAGGUGGUAUAGGGCUCCAGAAUUGUGUGGAUCAUUCUUUGCUAAGUAUACUCCUGCAAUUGAUAUAUGGAGUAUUGGCUGCAUCUUUGCCGAGGUACUGACAGGAAAACCAUUAUUUCCUGGCAAAAGUAUUAUUCAUCAAUUAGAUUUGAUCACUGAUCUUCUUGGGACACCUUCACCCGAGACCAUUUCCGCAGUUCGAAAUGAGAGAGCUCGAAAAUAUUUGAUAGAAAUGAGAAAAAAACCUCUUGUGCCCUUUCAACAGAAAUUUCCAAAUGCAGAUCCUCUUGCACUCAGUAUAUUGCAAAGGCUGUUAGCAUUUGAUCCAAAGGAUCGGCCAACUGCUGAAGAGGCACUGGCUGAUCCGUACUUUAAGGGACUGUCUAAAGUUGAGAGAGAACCUUCUGCUCAGCCAAUCUCAAAGUUGGAGUUUGAGUUUGAAAGGCGAAGGGUCAUGAAGGAGGACAUAAGAGAACUGAUAUAUCGAGAGAUACUAGAAUACCAUCCUCAACUGCUUAAAGACUAUGUGAAUGGAACUGAAGGCACAAAUUUCCUAUAUCCUAGUGGUAUAGGCCAGUUCAGAAAGCAAUUUGCAUAUCUUGAGGAAAAUGGUGGUAAAAGUUCACCGGUUGUUCCUUUAGAGAGGAAGCAUGUCUCUCUCCCCCGGUCUACUGUUCACUCAAAUACAAUUCCUCCUAGCACAAGGCAAAGUUUGAAUUUGUAUGAGAACCGGCAAAUUGCAGAGCAGACUUCAACAAAUUUUAGGGCAGCGGAUGCAAGUUCUGGAAAUGCUUCUAAGGUUUCACGGCCUCCACCAAGAGUUCCAACAGCAAAACCAGGGAGAGUUGUGGGACCAGUUCUACCUUAUGAGGAUAGCAGAAACAUCAAAGAUGAAUAUGGUUCGAGGGUCUUUGAUAGAAAUGCAGUUCUUACUCCUCAGGCGGGCACUCCACAAUGGUUCUUCAAGAGUCGCACCGUAAAUCCGGAGAAAUCUGGGUUAGAGGCAGACAGGGAUUUGUUACAAGCCAAACCGCAAACCCAAUGCCACGUAUCUGGCAACCCAACCUCAGGCAUGGUCAUGGAUGUAAACACCAAUCCACAUGCCAAGGCAGAUCAAUUAAUGGACCGAAUUACUAUUGAUGCAAAACUGCUGCAGGCACAGUCAAAGUUUGGAGCCGCUGGUGCUGCUGCUGUAGCUGUAGCUGCCCACAGGAACGCUGGAGCUUUUCAGUAUUGACUAUCUUAAGUGUGGUUUUGUGGAUAUGCAAGAGCUGUUCAGGUGACAAUCUACGCGUGGGUUUGGAGCUGAAGGUGGUGGCAGUUAGGAUCUCUUCCUUGAAAGAGGUUUUUCUAGGUUUAUCUACGUUUUUCUUUUUCUGUUUCUGAUUAUGUACAUGUUAAAUAUGUCCCAUCAUUGAAAUUGGUAAUAAAAAGUAAGCUGUUCUUUAACACUUUCAGAGGAUC